AUGGAAUUUCUCACCCGACACGACGGGUCGACCAGCCAAGCUAACGAUGAACUUGGGGAAGAAUCCACCGCCCGUGGGGAAACCGCAGACAUUUUACGGGGUCGACUGGGGUACACAGGGGGGCUGGCCGCGUGGGAAGUUGAGAACUCCUCCAUUCCGGCUCUUGGCAGUGUCUCUUUUGACUUUUGCAUAUAUCUUCAAGGUGUCCUUCGACUCAACUCUAAUGGCAUCGAAAACCAACAGCCUUCCAGUACAAUCUCAGUGCAGCCCGACCACAACAAAAUCAAGAUGGGCUUCCUCAAGUCAAAGCCAGCCAAGAAGACGGCUGCACAGGCCGUCGGGUCUGACUUGCUCGCACUCAAGGUCCUGCCCGAAAACCCUGCACCAUGGUAUCGUACCAAGCACUUGCUUCUGCUGAACCUAACUCUACUGGUUCCCAUGCUGUCGUCGGCUUCGGUCGGCUUCGAUGGUGCCAUGAUGAACGGUUUGCAGACCAUCAAGCAAUGGCGCGGUUACUUUGGUAGCCCUAGCCCAUCCGUGCUCGGAACGAUGAACGCUGUGUAUCCCAUCGGCAAGAUCAUGGGCCUUAUUCCGACUACAUACCUGGCGGAUAAGUACGGCAGAAAAGUGCCCAUGUGGAUUGGGUUCUUCCUUCUCCUCGUCGGAGCUGCCCUCCAGGGCGCAAGUACUAGUCUGCCCAUGUUCAUCGUCUCACGAUGGCUUCUCGGUGCUGCUACUGCCUUCAUUGCGCAGCCGGCACCUAUUCUCGUGACCGAGCUUGCCUACCCGACCCAGCGAGGCAAGAUCUCGAGUCUCUAUAAUACCUUCUUCUUCUUCGGAGCAAUCUUAGCGGCUUGGUCAACCUAUGGCACAUUCCGACUGACCUCAACUUGGAGUUGGAGGAUUCCGUCUAUCUUGCAGGGAGCUCUUCCUGCGAUCCAGUUCGCUUUCUUCUACUUCGUGCCUGAGUCUCCCAGAUGGCUCAUUGCCCAUGGUAAAACCGAACAAGCCCGAGAAAUUCUCACCCGCUACCACGCCGGCGGCGAUGCGUCUUCGCCUCUCGUUGACUACGAGGUCAAGGAGAUCGAGGAAAACGUCCGUCUCGAGACCGAGGCGUUGCGCGAGUCUUCGUACCUCGAUCUCGUCAAGACGGCACCCAACCGUCGCCGUACGCUCAUUGCUGUCAUCACCGGUCUCGGAGCCCAGUGGUCUGGUUCUGGAGUUAUCUCUUACUACCUCACGCUGGUUCUCAACACCGUCGGAAUCACCGAGACUAAGGAUCAGGCCCUCAUCAACGGCCUGCUUCAGGUGUUCAACUGGUUCGCGGCCGUGUUUGCUGGCGCCAUGAUGGUUGACCGGAUUGGUCGCCGCAAGCUCUUCCUCAUUUCGACUGCUGGUAUGCUCGGAUGCUACAUCAUCUGGACCAUCCUCACCAGCGUCUUCACCAACACCAAGGACGAGCGAGCUGGCUACGCCGUGGUGGCUUUUAUUUUCAUCUACUACUUCUUCUACGAUAUCGCCUGGUCGCCCCUCUUGCUCUCAUACCCGGUCGAGAUCUUCCAGUACACUCUGCGUGGAAGGGGGUUGACAAUGUCCCUGGGAUCGACUUUCGUAGGUCUCAUUAUCGGACAGUUCUGUAACCCCAUUGGAAUGGCCAACUUGGGCUGGAAGUACUACAUCGUCUUUUGCGUCAUUUUGGCUCUUCUGUUGCUCUUGAUCUGGCUUCUCUUCCCUGAGACCAAGGGCCGUUCGCUUGAGCAGAUUGCCGAGGUGUUUGACGGCAAGAACCAUGCCUUUGGCAGCAGUGGCGUUAGGAGCGACAAGGUUGAUGACGAAUUUGUUGAAGUUGAGAAUACUUCGACGUCAGCCGCGCAAUGCCACGUUCACCUACCGGCGCUUCUGCUUAGCGUCCCAUUGUCUCGGGAUGUAUCCCAGCUGGCCGGAAAGCCAAUCGCGCGUUCCGGCCGGGUUUCCAUUGCACAUAGAAGAGUGACUGAAGUCUUGUCAAGCCCCGACUGCCCAAUAUUCCUUCUCAGCGCCGCCAGAAGUAUGUCGUCCUCUUUUCGGGGUUCUUGCCUAUGCGGCGGGAUUGAGAUCCAGACUUCGUCGACACCACUCGCUGUCCUCUCCUGUUUUUGCAUUCAUUGUAGCAAGGGUGCCGGUGGGUCGCACCAAAUAAUUGCAAAGUUUGAGACUCAAUUCGUCCGAGUCCUCUCAGGGAGCGAUCUCAUCUCCAACUUCACGUUGGCCGACACAUCCAGUGGUUCUCCAAAAGAAAAGUCGUUCUGUCGCACUUGUGGAACCCCGCUGUGGACGACCCCCUCAUCCGCAAAGGGGCGAUACAUACUCAUCCGGACGAGCCUGUUGGAGGGCGGCACCGAACUGCGACCUGAUUCGGAGAUUUUUGUCAAGUUUCGGCCGCCUUGGCAGCAAGUGGUCGACGGAGCUGUAUGGAGGAGUUCUUCAGGUGGCCUCGGAACUCGGUGUGAUCCCCAGACUUUCAACCUUUCUCCAUCCAAACAUUUCAUCCCGAACUCUGCACAUUCUCCGCAAUCUUUGUCUAUCUUACUCGACCGAAGUCAAUCCGAGAUCCAUGAUCUGAAUCUAGAUUUCCCAGGCCAUUGCGGCUUCCGAGAUAAGUCGCCCGUCAUUCCGAGCUUUGUCUCGUCUGGGAAGAGACUCCAGUCUCCGGCGGAAGAGCCCAUCUACCCCCACGCUUUGCGCCCUCAUGUCGGAGGAGGAAAGUCAAGUGUGAUGGAGCACGCCCAGAACAUCUGCUUUGCCUUGAUUCAUGAGCUGCCCGCGCAACGCGUGCCGUGCGGCAACUGCUGGAAGAGGACCGAUUUGAGAACCGGCUGCACCUAUACCUCCGAGACCGAGAAGUCGUUCUCAGGUAGUAGUAAACUUGCAGAUGCAAGUCCAGGCAAUCCCGAAAGGGCAAUGCCCAAGAUCGUCCACACGCCCGAGGCCAACUUUGCGCAACCCCUGAUGCCUCCCAUCUCUCGCCCGGCUCCGAGUGCGACGCCCAAGUCGACCACCUCCUCGGGUCCAGACCUCACAAGGCGAGGUCGAGUUGAACGGCACCCCAUCACUCCUUCCGAUGCUAGCCCUUCAGUUGUUGAUUCCAUGACCACGGUCCGCGAGGAUGGCAUGGUGACUGGCGAGUACUUUGGCAGUAGUAGUGCUGGGUCUUUCACGAACCAGAUCAAAGCUGCCAUUGAUGCGAGGCUGGGCUCCUCGACAGAGAAUAGGAGUGUGAGAAGCUCUCUUUUCCGUUCGACACUUCCUCUCAAUGGCUCUGGUGCGGGAGGACAAGCCGAUUAUGUCCUGCCAGCCCGUAAGCAAGCUGAUCACUUGACCGAUCUCUACUGGUACUACGUUGAUCCGUUGUAUCCCUUCCUGGACCGACAGAGAUUCGAGCAUUCUUAUCGAGCGCUGUUUGCUGGUACCUCCCUCGAUGCCGAUGAACGAAUCUUUGUGAGCAUCCUCAACAUCAUAUUCGCACUUUCCACGCAGUUGAUCGAGUCACUGCCUCCGGAUCAGAGGGAUUCCUCCAGCCAGGAAUACUUCACUCGCGCACAGAACUUACUACAGCUGAGCCUUUGGGACACUGGCUCCAUCGAGCUGAUUCAGUGUCUGUUGAUUAUGAGCCAGUAUCUCCAAAGUACAAAUAAUCCUCACCAGACGUGGAUGAUUGUCGGGUCUGCCGUGAGAAUCGCUCAGGGCCUUGGCCUACAUUUGCCAGAGACGGCAUCAGAGCUCUCGAAUGAGCCCGAAAGAGAUCUCUUUCUUUCUGACACCACACUUUAUGCGCAUGGCACCUCUGACUUGUUGACUAGAAUGAUUGCCAUCACACAUGGACGCCCGGCGAUGAUCUCAGAUCAAUUAGCGUCAAGUGUGGUACUACCUUCGAUCCCGGAUACCAACGUCACCAGCGUCGACGAAGUACAGCUAGGUGCCGUUCAGCUUCACAAGCUUCGGUAUCAGGCCUUUUUCCAUAAGUCGCUCGAGCUCUACGAGGUUAUCAAUCACGCAGUCCUCGCGUUUUACUCGUCAACAUCGCCGCUUAAGUCGCCUACCUACCCCAACGGCACUGGAAGCAAGACUCAGCGCUCCUUGGAUAGAACAGAGCUAGAUCUUGGGAAAGCUCUACAGCUUGAUCAGCGCUUGACGAAAUGGGAGAAGAGCUUGCCCAGCUUCUUGACUAUGGCCGAGCCUGAGACUACUCUGGAUGAGGUCUUCCGCAGGCAGGCGGUAAUCCUGCGUAUCAGGCUCCUUCAUGCACGCAUGCUGCUCCUCAGGCCUAUGCUCACUCGAUUCUGCCUUUCUCAGUGCCCGGAAACCUCCCAGGUCCAUGAUGACCUCUCAUCUCGCGUCGUUCAGCAGUGCGCCAUGGUCUGCGUAGAAGCCGCGCAAAGUCUCAUCUCCUUCAUCGUGCAAUUCCAACAACACGAUGGCACUCUCGGCCUACUCCCAGCCUGGUGGUACCGUGUCUUCUAUAUCUACACAGCCGCAACUGUGCUUAUAGCAGCAAGACUACGACCCGCGGUCUUUUCUUCGCUCGACAUCUCUCGCUCGUGGAAUCAAGCGAUGGCUCUGCUCCAUGACCACGAGAACCUAGGGCCUUCUCCGCGGAGAUGUGCCGCGGCGCUUCAGAUCCUCUCAACCAAGAUGUUCCAGGAUCAGCAACCUCAAUCAGCUGCUCUCCCAAGCUCGGAUACCAGUGCAGCGGUGCCCAAUAUCACCAAUGAGCAACAGGAGACCUUUGAUAUGCCUUUCCCUUACUUGGCGCAGGAUGCAGCAUUCGACAUGGACGCAAUCACGUUCGACAUCAAUGACUUCUCUUGGCUUAAUAGUAUGCCUGGAAGUUUAUAA